AUGGAAGUCCGAUUCGUGUCGAGUUACGAUCCUCAGACUGGGAGGCCGAAUCGGAGGAGUAAGGAUGAACGAGCGCAUUCAGCUAGGAUUGUAAGGCAGAGGAAGAAGAAGGAACAACAGCUGUUUGUGAGGGCGAAGGAUGUUGUAGAUGGGGGGUGCAGUGAUUCGUUCUCGGAGGCGGUUGUGCUUAAGACGAAUCCGGUGAAGGUUGAGGUUAGGGAGGUGGUUGAAUUGGACGGGGAUGGGGAGGAGGAAGAACUGGCUCUGAAAGAUGAUGAAGUGCAUCACGAAGACCUGAACGACAUGGCCCUCUGCUCAGCAACAGUCCCCUACAAACCCGUACCACCAACCCUCCACCUCCCAGCAUCCCUCUCCCCUAUCUUCGGCGCCCUCCCAACCACAACCUUCACGCCCCAAACCUCCUCCUCCGCAGCCACAGCAGCGCAAUACUACCUCUCCGCCAUCAUGUCCAACACGAUCCCUUUCGCCCACCAAAAAACCUGGUUCGAGGCCUUCUGCACCGACGACAUGGUCUUCCACUGUCUGAACUACAGCUCGUAUUUCUUCCAGGACGUCCGGCGGAAGAACACGGGGGCUGGACUGCGGGAGGUGACGCUGAGGCAUCGCGGGAAGGCGCUGAGGUUGGUUGGGGAGAGGGUGAGGGGGUUGAAGGGGGAGGGUGGGGAGGGGUUGAAGGGGGAGGGUGGGGAGGGGUGGGGUGUGGAGGCGUUGGUGUUGACGAUGACGACGUUGUGGAUGUGGACGAGGGAGGUUCAGGCUGAGAGGAGGGGGGUGGUUGGGGGGUUGUUGUUGGGGAGUAGUCAGCGUAUGCCGGAUGCGUGGCUGAGGGAGGCUUUUGGGACGGUGGGUGUGGAGGAGUCGCAUGGACGGGCGUUGGAGUGGGUUCUUGGGCGCGUUGGGGGGUUGGAGAGGGUGGGGAUGUUGUUGCCUGGGUUGAGGACUGGGUUGGCGAGCUGCGACAUCCUCUCCGCCUCCGCACACGGCACCCAUCCACGCUUCCCCUCAAUCUGGGAGCCCUCCAUUCCCUCCAUCCUCCUCCCCCUGCAACCCCCUGCCAACGAACCCACCAACGCCUUCACAAACUCCAUCCCCAACAACCUCCCCCUCCCCCUCUCAAAAACCCUCACCUCCCUCCGCCACCUAACCCACGCCCUCUCCCGCCCAACCACGCCCCCCUCAACCCUCAUAACCGCCCGCAACGCCCUCCAACACCGUCUCCUCUCCCUUCCCUCCUGGAGCCAUCUCAAGACCCUCGGCGAGACGGAAGGAUCAUUUCUCGCGACUUACGAGACUUGUCGGCUUACUGCGAUUUUGUUCUCGAAUGCGGUGUUUUUUCCGAUCGAUAGGGCUGUGGCGUGGAGGGUGAAGUUGUUGAGGCUGUUGAGAGAGGUGUUGGAUCGGGCGAAUUUGGGGGGUUGGAAGGGGACGGGGGGUUGGCGGUUGGCGGUUUGGAGUCUGGUCAUCGCAAACUUGACUGCGUGUGGGACAGGGCUGGAGGAGUAUUUCUUGAGGGCGCUGAGGAGGACGUUACGGGUGAAGGGGGUGGAUGUGUUAGAGUGGGACGACCUGCAAGAGUUGUUGGAGGGUUAUCUCUGGUGUGAGAGUGUUUGCAAUCCGGGACUGGAGAUUUUGUGGUUGUCUGGGGUGUAG